AUGGCGGAAGAUCUCAACAGAGAUGGAUUGGUGUGGAAGUCACAUGCGAUACAAAUACUUGAAGCACUGAACAAUGAAACUGUGCAUUUAAUUGGGCUUUGGGGCAUGGGAGGAGUGGGAAAGACAACAUUAGUUAAAGACGUUGCGAAUCAAGCCAAGGAGCAGAGCUUGUUUGGUGAGGUGGUGAUAGUGACUAUAUCUCAAACCAUAGAUCUGAAGAGAAUUCAAACUGAGAUAGCAGAGUGUUUGGGUUUCCAUCUCAACGAAGAAAGUGUAGGGGUUAGAGUUGUCAAGCUUGCAGAAAGAUUAGCAGGGGAUGCAGUAGAAUCUUCCACAAUAAGGGAAUUGACAUGGAAUGUGAUGAGAGAGUGCGCUGGUCUGCCUAUGGUACCGGUGGUUAUUGGCACAACACUUAAGGGUAAGAACUCUGGGACUUGGGAGGCAGUGUCGAUGCGGCUAAAACGGGCGAAGGAAGUGGAGCUCCCAGGUGUGAGUAAAAAACUUUUUCAAUCCAUCAGUUUUGAUUUCUUAGAGAGUGAGGCAGCCAAGUCUUGCUUCUUGCACUGUUGUGUCUACCCUAAAGAUUAUGAAAUUCCUAAAGAAGAAUUGAUGCAUAUGAUGGCCGGUGGGGACCUCUUAGCUGAUGUUGAAACUCUAAACGAAGCACAGUGCAGUGUGGAUUCACUGCUCGACCAGCUAAAAGAUUGUGGUUUGCUUCUUCAAGAUAGGGAUGAACGCUAUGUAAAAAUGCAUGAUGUUGUUAGGGAUGCAACGAUACAGAUCGGUGCUGAGACAGAUCGUGCGUUCUAUGCAAGAGCUGGACAAGGCUUGACAGAGUGGCCAAGAACUACUAAAAGUGUGAUGCAAAAAUGCCGACGGCUUUCAUUGAUGAAAAAUGAUAUUAAAGAUCUUCCUCCUAAUCCAAAGGAUUAUCAAAAUCUUGAGAUGUUGAUAUUGAGACGCAACGAAAGGUUAUCAAGCAUCCCAGAAAAGUUCUUCAAAAAAAUGGAAUCUCUGAUGGUUCUUGACUUGAGUAAUACCGGUAUUGAAUCCCCGCCAAAUUCACUCUCUUGUCUCACUAAUCUCAGAGUAUUGAACCUGAGAAAUUGUGAGUCUCUGAAAGAUAUUUCUCACAUUAAUGGGUUGAAUAUGCUUGAAAUAGUUAUUCUGAAAAGUUGUCCGGUGUCUAUUGCUCCAGAAGGUGUAGAGUGGGCAUAG